AUGCCAUACGGUGGUCCUUACUCUCCUCUUUGUUGUAGGAAAGCCGAAGAGUACCUACGCCUCUCCCAAGUGAAAUGCGGCCCUUUACUGACCCAGGUAUCCGCCACGAGUCGUGCCGUCAUCUGCCUGGACUUGGCUGCGGCCUUCACAAAGAACCCCGUGGACAAGAGUUAUGUGGUGACCCUCUCUGGCCUGAACAAGGCCACGUACCAGAGCUCCUUGAGGUCCUUUGAAAGCCUCCUUGGCCUGCGUUCCAGCCUCAGCCUCCGGGAUUUGGCCGUCCAGUUCUGCUGCCUGGAGGCGGUGAACGUGGCAUCGAAAAUACUGAAAAGGUAG